UUUUCCUAACACGCGAGAAAUAGAAACGGGCUCCAACGGCUAAGCAUGUGACUGAGACUUUUUUUCUCAAAAAAGAAAAAGAGAGAGAGCGAGACUGAGACUUGUCAAAGCCGUUUCUUCCACCGAACCUCCUGGGUCCAUUCUGCGUGAUUUAUCCUCCAGGGCGAAAUUAGCGCACCCAUUUACGACCGAGCCUUUUCACCUCUGCUAGGGUAAGGUCCAGGUGGCCAUGGAGGACGGCCGCCGCCGCAAGAGUGCCCAGAGGGAAACCACGCCGGCAACCAAGAUCGAUGCCCUCACGGACGAUCUUCUCGAGCUCGUGUUCCUGCGCCUCCCCUUGCAUCGCCACCUCGUCUACGCGGCGUGCACGUGCCGGCGCUGGCGCCGCGUGAUCGCGGGCGACGUCGGACGCUUCCUUCUCCGGUUCAUCUCGCUCCGCGGCCUGUCGCCAGCCCACUUCUCCGGCCACUACCGCGUCGACGAGCGCCACCGGCACCCGCGUCCGCCCGGCGGCAACCCCGUCUUCGUCCCCUCCUCCUCGCGGUGGGUGGCCGCCGCCGUCGCGCGGAACCUCGCGCUCGACUUCCUCCCGCGGCCGGGACUGGCGGGUCGCUGCUGGGAGCUCGCCGACUUUUGGGACGGUCUCCUGCUCUUGCUGCUCCUAGACAAGGAGACAAAUUGGUCGCCGGCGUAUGCCCUGGUCGUCUGCGAUCCGCUCACGGGGCGCUACAUCACCGUCCCGCCCUCGGCGUGGUUCCAGGGCUGCGGUUGCCUGGGCGCCUUCCUCCUCCACGGCGAGGAUGCGGGCGUGCGCAUCAGCCUGUCCAACUUCAGGGUGACGUGCGCGGUCUAUCGCCCUGGGGACGGCGUCGCCAGGGCCUGCGCGUUCUCGUCCGCCGGCGGCGGCCGCUGGACCUCCGGCGCCGCACGUAGCAGCAUGGCAGUCUACGGCGACCAGUUCGGAAGCGGCUGGGGUGACGAGGAACACUAGAUGAGAAGAAAGAAAACACAUGACAGAUCUGUUUGGCUACUUCUAGAUGCUUUCACUCUAGUGUAGUAUUUUUUUCCUUUUCUUUUCUAUCCUACCUACUGUUUUCUAGAGUCUUCUAGUUGUGAGUAGCUAUGAGUAGAAUGGUGAAACUUACAUAAUGUUUUCUAGAGUAUUCCAGCUAUAAGUAGAAGUAUGUGAAGGCUUCCCAAAGCCCUAUAAAUAGAGGUCCUCGCCUCUACUUUGGAGGCAGACUAUGUAUCCCUACCUAUAAUAGAACUUGUUGUUCUUAUCUAA